AAGUUAUGUUAUCCGUUUCAUGGGAGAGAAGAAAUUACAUUAGAAAGACCUAUAAAAAAACAUAAUGAAACGCUUAAGUACAUAUUUAAUGAGACAAAAAAGUGAGAGAUCGGAUCGAUGCUUAUUAGAAAGGGGGAAAUUAAGUUCUAUUUUUUUAUUAACAAGUUUAAUCUCACCUGAGCAUUGUCGUAUAGUACACGUGCAGCCGGACAGUAACGUAACUUUGUUGUGGAUGCGCGGUGGGAGAGGAGAAAAUUGCAACUCCCAACUUGUUAUGUCUCGGCAAAAGCAUUAGGCUCAUGUGGAACUGAGUGGUCAGCCUAGUUCAUCGGCAUGGCUGCAGCUGCUGCUUCUUCUUCUUCCUUCCUAUUUUUCUUCUCACUUCUUACUGUCUCUGCAUUUGAACAAAAACCACACAACAUUUUAAGCUGCAAGUCCACGUCUCCUGACGCUUCCGGCUACUACUGCAACGUUGCAAAUGCAUCAUCUGUCGAGAACAAGUGUGCAGCUUUUGCGAUUCUUCGCACUACCGCGUACUACUCCUCUCUUUCCAAUCUGAGCGCUUGCUUGGGCCUCAAUCCGUUGGUGAUACCAGACGCGAACGGAUUUUCAGCUAACACGGAGUUUCUUCCUAAAGACGAGCUUUUGUUGAUACCGAUUGAUUGUAAUUGUGGCAGUCGUGGUGUUUUUUGUGCCGAGUUGACUAAGACUAGUAGUGUGAAAGGGUGUGCUGAGUCACUAGCGGGCUUGACGAUCUGCAGAGCUAUUCGAGAGAACAAUCUGGGAGUUUCGCCGUGGGGGCUUGCUGAUAAGCUUCAGUUGGUGAUCCCCUUGAGAUGUGCUUGUCCAUCAUCAUCUCAACUUGUGAAACAACUAAGACUCUUAAUUUCAUAUCCGGUGAGUGGUGGGAAAACGAUUUUCGAUUUGGCUGUUAAGUUCAAUACAACACAAGAAGCUAUCAUAUCUGCAAAUAACAGAUCAUUCGAAAGCUUUAGACCCGAAAGUUUGACACCUAUUACAUCUCUUUUGAUUCCGCUUGAAGGAAAACCUAUACUCGGUCCCCUAGCAAAACCCCGGGAACCCAAUUUGCGCUUUCCGGCAACUAGCAUCCCAGAAAUUAGUCUACACAAGAAGAAGGCGAAAAUGGACCAGAUCGGAUUAUAUGUCGCGCUUAGCGGAGCCAUUGUUGGAGCCAGCAUUGCGAUCGCGGCAGCAUUCUUGCUACUUAAGAUGAAGAAAAAGAAAAGGACUUCACCUAAAGGAUGUGAUGUGGAGCUGCAACAGCUCAGCCUAAGUGUGAGGACAAGUGACAAGAAAGUCUCGUUUGAAGGAUUUCAAGAUACUUCUGACGGUCAGAUCGUCCAGACCACCACCCCACGAAAGGCGCUGGUGGAGGUGUAUACAAUUGAGGAGCUGAGGAGAGCAACCGAGGACUUCAGUUCGAGCAACCAUAUCGAGGGAUCUGUGUACCACGGCCGCCUAAGCGGGAAGAACUUGGCUGUAAAGCGCACGCAGCCGGACAGCAUUUCGAAGAUAAAGUUCGGCCUUUUUCAUGGUGCAAUUCACCACCACCCCAACAUAAUGAGGCUGUUGGGAACUUGCUUGAGGCCGGAGGGCGAAGAAUCGCUUCUGGUUUUCGAGUACGCAAAGAAUGGAUCUUUGAAGGACUGGCUCCACGGCGGAUUGGCAAUCAAAAACCAGUUCAUUGCGUCAUGCUAUUGUUUCUUAACGUGGAGCCAAAGGCUGAGGAUAAGUCUUGAUGUGGCCAUGGCAUUGCAGUACAUGCACCACAUUAUGAACCCCCCUUAUGUCCAUCGAAAUGUCAAGAGCCGAAACAUUUUCCUAGAUGAAGAAUUCAAUGCGAAGAUUGGGAAUUUCGGCAUGGCAAAGUGCGCUGAAAAUGAAGCCGAGGAUCAAAGCUUCGGGUACAUGGCACCCGAAUAUCUUCAACAGGGUGUGACUUCUCCGAGCAUUGACAUAUUUGCAUUCGGUGUGGUGUUGCUAGAGGUCUUGUGUGGACAAACGCCAAUAAGCAGGCCCGGGGCUAAGGGAGAAGGAAACUUUUACCUGUCGGAGAAGAUCAAAUCCGUGUUGAAGUCAGACAAUGCAGAGGAGCUAAGAGAGUGGAUGGACAGCGCGUUGGGGGAUAAUUAUUCGUUUGAUGCAGCUGUCACAUUGGCAAAUCUUGCGAGGGCCUGCGUCGACGAAGACCCUAGUUUGAGGCCUAGUGCAGGGGAAGUUGUCGAGAAGUUGUCGCGAUUGGUGGAGGAGUCGAAAAGCGUGGAGGGAGAGAAUAUUUUUAUCAGUGAGAGCUCUUGUAAGCCGCUGGUGAAGGCAGCAGCAGCGGCAAACAAUAAGUGAAUAAAGCAUUGGAGGAUGCAAACAGAAGACACGUUCUUCUGGGCGCUGUUACAAAUGUUUUUAAUUUUGUCUUAGGUUCUUGUCAUAGGGUUCUUCUGCUUGUAUAUAUAUGUAAUAUCUUUGUUUCUU